UUUGGUAGCACUGCGCCUCAGCUGAUCGAUAAAAACAACAUUGCACGACUAGGUUAUCUCGCUCAACACUGUUACCGGCUUUCUGUCCAAGUCACUAACAGACUUGUCGAGCCGUUUUCUCAACGAAGAACAAUCUGAGAGAAGUCCCUCUUUUCGAGUUCCCGUUUUACGAAAUCCAUGGCGAGGCUUGGGAGACUUAUCGCCGUGGGCUUGGGUGCUGUUGGUGCAGGGGUGCUGUACUAUUCCAACGAUGACAAUAGAGUCCUGCCUGUGCUGCAUGCUGCUAUGAAAUCAGAUCUGCAGCCGGCACCUUCCACUAAAUGGGACUGGAACUGGGACAAGAGAGAACCUGCCUUUUUAGUGCGGCCCUCGGAUGGAGGUGAAGAUGACAUUCGAUUUAAAAACGAAGUGGAAAGCGCCAGGCCUACAGCAACUAGACACCUUCUUCUGAUCAGGCAUGGCCAAUACAAUAUGGAAGGGAAAACUGACAGGGAGCGAGUGUUAACAGAUAUAGGUAUUGAACAAGCUAAGGUCACUGGGGACAGACUUGUUGCCCUGAACUUCCCUUAUCAGACUAUGAUUAGAUCGACUAUGACUAGGGCUCAGCAGACUGGAGACUACAUUCUAACUCGUAUGAAGCCUGGUUCUGUAGCUAUUAAAGACGAUAAACUCCUUGAGGAAGGCUCACCAUAUCCAACUGAGCCAUCCCAUGGCUGGAAACCAGAAGUCAAUGUUUUUCAAGCAGGGUCUCGCAUUGAAGCAGCAUUCCGUAAUUAUUUUUACAGAGCUUCUAAUCGUCAAAAGGAAGAUUCAUUUGAAAUAAUUGUCUGUCAUGCAAAUGUGAUCAGAUAUUUUGCUUGCAGAGCACUGCAGCUUCCGCCAGAGGCAUGGCUUCGCUUGUCUUUAAACCAUGCAAGCAUAACUUGGAUAAGUAUUCGACCUAAUGGGUUGGUUGGCUUACAAUACCUUGGAGAUUCUGGGCAUUUACCACUCGAACUCCUUACCCGAUAAGAGUAGCUAAACUAUCUUCCCUUCUCCUUCAAAUUGUGAAGUUGUAUGUUUUCAAUGAAAAAUCAAUUCUGUAUCAGGCGUAUCAUCAGGGCAAUCUAGUCCAAAAUUUAUAUGUAUUUUAUAGUCCCAUCUAUUUCUAUGAUCAAAUGUGUUUUGUUGUUUUUUAUUGCCUGUUUUAUAAAAACAUGUUACCAUCUAUUUUGUUACAUAGAAUAAGAAUGAAUUCCAAGUACCGUAAUUACUAUUAAAAGUAGAAACUUUA